CUGAAAGUGAUUUCAUUUGAAUACACUCUCCUUUAGUAUAAAAGAGAUCAAUUACUUGCAAAAUGAAACACUUCUGUUUGAGCCAUGGAGCUGCGCAUAGCACUUUGCUACCUCAUUAUUGGCAUCAGUUGGAGGAUUACCUCCGCUGGAAAGCAUCCAAGUAGCCCAGACACCGGCAGACUUCUUGCAAUUCAGGUCCCAGCACCGGAGAAAUCGCCUCCAAAAGUUGUCUACAAGCGACCCCAUCAUUAUUAUCCACCACCACCACCGCCACCUUACUACCCACCACCUCCACCACACCAUCCACCACCGCCACCUCAUCAUCCGUCGCCUAAAUGCAAAUGUCCUCCUGGACCACCUGGGCCACCGGGUCCUCCAGGCCUUAAUGGCACGCCAGGAAAACCGGGACAUCCAGGAGCGAAAGGUGACAGAGGUGAUCCUGGAGAAAAGGGAGAUAAGGGUGACAAAGGUGAUAAGGGAGAUAAGGGACCAAUGGGUUUAACUGGUCCACAAGGACCUCAAGGCCUUCAGGGUUCUCAAGGUCUGCCAGGUGCACAAGGAUCCCAAGGAGCUCAAGGACCACCAGGAGCACAAGGAUCGCAAGGAUCUCAGGGAUCUCCAGGAUCCCCAGGAUCUCCAGGUGCUCAAGGUGCCUUAGGUCCACCAGGAACAUCAGGUUCGCCUGGUUCACCAGGUGCUCCGGGAUCUCAAGGAAACCCUGGUCCGCAAGGGCCACCAGGUCCACCAGGACCGCCAACGUGGCCAGCUCCCCCCCCACCACCACCACCACCACCACCUCCGCCACACCACCAUCAUCCACAACCACACCCACCACCACCACCGCCAAUAAUUGUUCCAUACCCAGUAAUACCACCACAUAAAGGACCUCACCAUCACCAUAAACCGCAACCCCACAAGCCACAUCAUCCACACAAGCCAACCAAAAAACCGUACCACCCCCAUCAUCCACACAAACCAAACAAUCCACAUAAGCCUCACCAUCCACAUAAACCAUACAAGCCACAUAAACCACAUACAACUAAGAGGCCACCUCCCAGACCAACUCCCACGCCGACCAAGCCAACUACAACUUUACCACCCGAGACUACGACAAUCCCUCCAGAUACUGAGACAACUACAAUGGAACCAACUACUACAAUGGAACCAACUACUGACCCUCCAGGACGUUUGUCAGGUCCAAUUAUCGAAAAUAUUCAAAUCGACAUAGAAACGGGUCCAACAUUCAAUGAAGUGGUAAAUUCAACACUACGUCAAGAUCCUGAGCAAGUUUUUGACCAGGAACAACAAUCGGAAGAUUACGAUGAGGAUGAAGACGAGGAUGAAGAAGACGAGGAAGAAGAAGAAGAUGGUCUAGAAUCCGGUAUAUCCGAAAGCACGGACGAAUCCACUAAAGACGAGUAUGAGAAUCAGGACAACGAAUAUAACUCCAAUGAAGGAUAUGACAGUGACGAGGGUGAAGCAAAAACUAUCACAGAAAGCCAGCAGCCCCUUCAAAGCUAUGUCGUGCAAGAAAGAAGUAGAAACCGACCACUUAUCUUGGCUAUUAGUAAGCCUCGGAAUCCAUUUAACAUUUACCGAAGUUAUGACGAUUACUAA